GCAUUGGCGGCAGCGGCGACAUUUAGACAAGCUUUUUGUUCGCGUGAAACAGUUGCAAGCCUUUGAACGAUCAGCGACGACGGCGUUACUUUUGGCGCGGAUACAGCAGCGACACUUUUUUUUCGUUGGCAGGCGCCUCCUGUCACCAAAGAAACAAAUAAACAAAUAAACCAAUAAACAUACACGACAAGCAAACCAACAAACAAAUAAACAAUAAACCAACAAGCAAAACAAACAAACAAACAAGCAAACAUAAACAAGCCAACAAGCCAACAAGCAGCCAAGCUAAACAAAACAACUGUGUGCAUUUUUGGUUCGAGUUUCCUUUGAUUUCCAUCGCUUACAUUUCAUUUUUUUGCCUGUGUUCCUUAAAAUAAAGUCUAUAAAGAAUAAAAAAGAAAAUAUACACCCAUGUACAAAGCACAAAAACCCCAGUGACAAUAAGAGCAGUCAAACAUUGCAACUCGCAGCAGCAAACAUCAGCAAACAUCAGCCGACGGCCGAGUGAAGAAAAGUGCAACGCCGACGGACUCGAGAAAAGAUACAGAUACAGAUACAGAUACGGAUUAUACAUAUCUGGGCUAUUAGCUGGGCCAUAAUCCUCUCUAGCGAUUUAGCCCACUUUGCUUUUUUUCUGAGUGCGUGUGUGCUUGUGCUGUGCUGUGCUGUGCUUGCCAAUCCAUUUGUCCUUAUGUCCUUUACAUCUUUUUCCCUUACUCUCCAAGAUCCGUGAGCCUGGCCUGCAACAAUAGCCGCAACAAAGCAAGAAAAAUUAAAAAAAUAAAAGUAGUUGAGUUGAAAAGAAAACAAAAUCGAACCUUAAACCCAAGUGGCCGCAAAACAAAGCAGAAGCAAAAACAGACAGCAUCAUUGUGCGCCUCAAAUUGACAUCAGCAGCAGCAGCAGCAGCCGCAGCAGCAACGACAACUGCCACUGCCACUGCAGCAGCAGCAGACACAUCAGCAGCAGCAGGAGCCGCAUCAGCAACAUCCACUGCAACCAUGCUAACGGACAUGACACCGACCGCCGGUCAGCUCUACGGAUCCCAGAUUCCGACCAUGGGCAUGAACAUCACCAACAUCGCCACACACUUGCAGAAGCCACAAGUUAAUCCGGAUCAUCCCAGUUUGAGGGGCACCCCGCUGGCCAUGCUGGCCGCCCAGUGCAACAAGCUCUCCAACAAAUCCCCGCCCCCGCUGGCCGACGCCGCCGUGGGCAAGGGCUUCCAUCCGUGGAAGAAGAGUCCCAAUUCGCCGGCAGCCGGAUCCAGUGGCUCAUCCGGCGGAGGUGGCGGCGGCGGCGGCGGUGGCGGUGGCGGCAGCGCCGGCCAGCACUCGCCCUGCGCCAUCUCAGCGGCCAGCUCGUCCAGCUCCAGCGGAUCGAGCGGAGGACAGUCCUCCAGGAGCCUCUCCUCCAGCGCCAGCACCAUGGUGAACAUCACAGCUAGUCGCCCCCUGGCCUCCUCCUGCGCGGCGGUGGGCGGGGGCUCCACCGGCUCCUCCUCCUCCGCCUCCGGAUCACAGUCAUCCUCGACGGCAUCUGCGGUGGCAGCGGCCUACGGCGGUGAUCUGUACUUUCCGAACACAUCCACCUCGAACAUGGACAACCAUCAUAUGCACCAGGGUCUGCUGGGUAAAGUGGAGGCCGGUGCGGCUGCCUUUGGCGGCGUCUACUCCCGUCACCCGUACGACUGGCCCUUCAAUGCGGUGACCCACAAGGAGGCGGCCAGCGUGAAUUCCGGCUGGUGGGAUAUGCACAGUGCCGCCGGCUCCUGGCUGGACAUGGGUGGUGCGGGCAUGCACUCCACAAUGGCCAACUAUGCGAGUGAGAACUACAGCUCCGCACUGAGCCAUUCGCUGUUGGGAUCGGGACAGCAUUUGCUGCAGGACACCUACAAGAGCAUGUUGCCCGGCCAGGGCGUGGGCGUGGGUGUGGGCGUGGGCGUGGGCAUGGGCGGCUUCUCCCUGCCGCACAGCUCCCCCUCAGCGGCGGCAGCAGCAGCGGCCACAGCGGCAGCGGCGGCAGGCGGCUCCCCACAGGGCGGCUCACCGUCGACACCAUCGCCCAGAUCCCAGAGGCGCUAUGCCGGACGGGCCACCUGCGAUUGCCCCAACUGCCAGGAGGCGGAGCGCCUGGGGCCCGCUGGCGUCCAUCUGCGCAAGAAGAACAUACACUCGUGCCACAUACCGGGCUGUGGCAAGGUGUAUGGAAAGACGUCGCAUCUGAAGGCUCACCUGCGGUGGCACACCGGCGAGCGUCCCUUUGUGUGCAACUGGCUGUUCUGCGGCAAGCGUUUCACACGCUCCGACGAGCUGCAACGGCAUUUGAGGACGCACACCGGCGAGAAGCGCUUUGCAUGCCCCGUGUGCAACAAGCGCUUUAUGCGCAGCGACCAUUUGGCCAAGCACGUGAAGACGCACAAUGGCACGGCCAAUCACCAGGCGAAUGGCCAUAAUGGUGGGCUGAAGAAGGGCUCCUCGGAGUCGUGUAGCGACUCGGAGGAGGCCGCCAACCAGUCGGGCGAGUCCAACGGGCUGGGCGGCGUGGGCAGUGGCCCACAGACGGGCGGGGCCGGUGGCGGCGGGGGUGGCGCUAGUACGGGCAAUGGUGCUGGUACGUUAGCGGUAUCGGGAUCGGUGACCACCGGAGCGGGAGCUGGAACCGGUACGGGUAGCUCCAAUUCCAAUUCCAAUUCCGGUGGCUCAAGCGGUUCCGUUAGCGGUUCCGUAUCCGGUUCUGGCAGCCAUCCCGGCACCCCGACCUCGCUGCACGCGCACAGCGCCAAUGGCACGUCCAGCAGCCUGCUGGGCGGCGGUCUGCACCUGGCCACGCCGCACCAGAUGGUCGCCGCGGGCGGUUCGCCGGUGAUGCUUCACCAGCAGCAGCAGCAGCAUCAGCAGCAACAGCAGCAGCAGCAUCAACAGCAGCAGCAGCAGCAGCAGCAUCAACAGCAGCAGCAUCAGCAGCAGCAGCAGCAGCAGCAGCACCACCAGCAACAGCAGCAUCAUCAUCAGCAAUUCGGACAGCAGCAGCAUCCCCACGCCCAUCACCUGCACCACCAUGCCCACCACUCGCACCACCUGGCCACCGGCGGCUCACCCGGUCUGGAUCCCAGCUCCCUCGUGGAUAUCAAGCCUCCCAUGGUUUGAGGAUCGCUGGGACCCUUCCUGUUCACCAACUAAAGCAGCGCAAGGGUUCCACACCUCAAACACUACGUACUACGUACUGCGUAUAUAUACAUAUAUACAUAUAUGUAUGUAUAUAUACAAAACCGAUAUCAUUUUGAUUUGAAGCUAUCUUGCGGUUGUACAUAUAGCCAGCAGAUGUCUGUAAAUAUAUUUGAAAGAAACGCCCGCUCUAUGUGUCUAUCGCGCUAAUCCCAGCACUAAACUAAACUGAAAGUAAAAUAUUACAAAAUAUAAAUAUAAAUAUAAAUAUAAAUAUAAAUAUAUUGCUUAUAGCCUAUUUGUAGACUAAGCCAUUUUCUAGACUAUCUAGUUAUCACAGUGAGAGCAGUAGGAGAGCGAUUUUUUUUUAUUUUUUUUACUAGCCCUAUGGAUAUGUAAUUUUUUUCAUAGGUACUAAGCAUUAUAUACGACAUUAACCAAGAGACAAGCUUCGAGCACCACAAAAACAAAAACCUUAAAAAAGCGAUAAGAACCAUUAUGCAAUUCUAAACGAAGACACCUAAAACAAACAAAAAAAAAAAUGAUAUAAAAUAUACAUGGAUAUUGAACGGGGGGAACAUCAUAAAUAUAUUUCUAGUCCAAUUAUAAAGUGUGAGCGAACCAAAAUUGUAAAGAGAAAACAAAAAAAAUGGAGGAGGAAAAGCAGGGGGGGAUUUAAACUCUAGCCCUUGUAAAUUAGCAUAUGUCCCCCAUUUAUUUUUGCUAACCCCAUCGAACGAGGAUAUCUUAGACGCUAGUGCUUUAAUCGAUCCCAACUAAAACUGAAAAAAUGACCGAAAUGAUGGAUAUGAGGGAAAACCGGAAGAGAACCCAAGCUAAACCUUAACUAAAUGUGUUUUGUUGUUUUAUUUGAACUAGGCUUAGAGCAGAUACUUAGAUACUUAGCACCACACA